AUGGCCGGGGCGGCGGCGCUGACGGCGGUGCGCACCGAGGGCGCGGGCCGGCCCGGCGGGGGCCCCCGGCGCGGCCGCCGCGGGCUGCUGGGGGCGCCGCGCCCCGGGGCCGCCGCCGCCGCCCGCCCCGCCGCGGCGCCGCGCUGCUGCCGCCGCCGCCUCCAGAACUGCCUCUACAACGUGCUGGAGCGGCCCCGCGGCUGGGCCUUCGUCUACCACGUCUUCAUAUUCCUCCUCGUCUUCAGCUGCCUGGUGCUCUCCGUCUUCUCCACCAUCCAGGAGCACCAGAAACUGGCCAACCAGUGCCUGUUCAUCCUGGAGUUCGUCAUGAUCGUGGUGUUCGGCAUGGAGUACAUCGUCCGCAUCUGGGCGGCCGGCUGCUGCUGCCGCUACCGCGGCUGGAGGGGCCGUUUCCGCUUUGCCAGGAAACCCUUCUGCGUUAUAGAUUUCAUCGUCUUCAUCGCCUCGGUGGCCGUCAUCGCCGCCGGCACCCAGGGCAACAUCUUCGCCACGUCGGCGCUGCGCAGCAUGCGCUUCCUGCAGAUCCUGCGCAUGGUGCGCAUGGACCGCCGCGGCGGCACCUGGAAGCUCCUGGGCUCCGUCGUCUACGCUCACAGCAAGGAGCUCAUCACGGCCUGGUACAUCGGCUUCCUCGUCCUCAUCUUCGCCUCCUUCCUCGUCUACCUGGCCGAGAAGGACGCCAACGCGCAGUUCGCCACCUACGCCGAUUCCCUGUGGUGGGGCACGAUCACCCUCACCACCAUCGGCUACGGGGACAAGACGCCGCAGACGUGGCUGGGCCGGAUGCUGGCGGCCGGCUUCGCCCUCCUCGGCAUCUCCUUCUUCGCGCUGCCUGCCGGCAUCCUGGGCUCCGGCUUCGCCCUCAAAGUGCAGGAGCAGCAUCGGCAGAAGCACUUUGAGAAGCGACGGACGCCGGCGGCGAAUCUCAUCCAGGCUGCCUGGCGCCUGUACUCGACGGACGCCGGCCGGGCGUACCUGACGGCCACGUGGUGCUACUACGACAGCCUGCUGCCCUCCUUCAGAGAGCUGGUCCUAAUCUUUGAGCAUUUGCACCGAAUCCGCAACGGAGGAAUUAGGAAUUCAGAGGUGAAAAAAUGGCCUGACGGAGCCCCACCGCCUUAUCCGUCCCUCACCUCUGGCCAGAAAAGCGUCAGCCCCGCCGCUUGGGCCGGGGACAGCCGCAAGGAGGAGGACGCGCAGCCCCACAAGUGCUUACGGCUCAGCAGCAAGAUGGGCAUCAAGGACCGCAUCCGCCUGGCCCACCCACCGCGGCAGGGCAGCCGGGGCAGGCAGCAGCUGGGGCCGCCGCUGCGCCGCUCGCCCAGCCCCGAGGACGUCCCCGAGGCCGCCAGCCCCACCAAGGUGCAGAAGAGCUGGAGCUUCAACGACCGGACCCGCUUCCGGGCGUCCCUGCGGCUCAAACCCCGGCUCCCGGCGGAGGCCGACUGCCCGCCCGAGGACAGCGGGGAGGAGAAGAGCUCCCAGUGCGACCUGACCGCCGAGGAUGUCAUGCCGGCGGCGAAGACCCUCAUCCGCGCUGUGAGGAUCCUGAAGUUCCUGGUGGCCAAGAGGAAGUUCAAGGAGACCUUGCGGCCCUACGAUGUCAAGGACGUCAUCGAGCAGUACUCGGCCGGCCACCUGGACAUGCUGGGCAGGAUCAAGAGCCUGCAGACACGGGUGGACCAGAUCGUGGGCAGGGGGGUCCUCGCCACGGACAAGAAGACCCGGGAGAAGGUGGAGAAGCCGGUGCUGGAGCCGGAGCUGGUGGACGAGCUCAGCAUGAUGGGCCGGGUGGUGAAGGUGGAGCGGCAGGUGCAGUCCAUCGAGCACAAACUGGACUUGCUGCUCGGCCUCUACUCCCAGUGCCUCCGCAAGGGCUCCACGAACUCCUUCAGCCUGGCCGCCGUGCAGGUGCCCCGCUGCGAGCCCGACAUCACCUCCGACUACCACAGCCCCGUGGACCACGAGGACAUCUCCGUCUCUGCCCAGACCCUGAGCAUCUCCAGGUCGGCCAGCGCCAACAUGGACUGAGCGGGGAGGCGGCGGGGCAGGGCGCUGCGGCCGCCGCGGGCCAGCGGAGCCGAGCCGAGGGGCCGCGGAGCGGCGGCGGUGUCAUCCGGCCUCCUCCGCGGGGGCCCCCCCAGUUUUACUUGAAAUGCGUCUUCCUUCAUGGGCAAACUGCCCGCGUCGCCCGCCCGGGAGCCGCGCGGGUGCCAAGCGCGGCUGCAGCCGGGCGCCUGCUCUGGGCAUGGGGCGGGAGCCCCCAGACUCCGCUCUGCACAUGCACCAUGCUCCUGCAACACCCCUGCCCUUCCCGGGGGGAGGAGAGCCCCCGGCCGGGGCUUCAAAUGCACCGAGCCCCACCUCCGUCCCCGGCCCUCCGGGCGCCGAGCCGGGGGCCGCCGUCUGCUAUGCAAGGCUGCAUCGCCCUUCGGUUGCCGGUGCUGAGCAGGGGCGUUGCGACCCGAAUGAAUGUGGUUUUAUCUGUGUAGCUCCCGGCCGUGGCGGUGGCCGGGGCCUGCCCUGAGUGGGGGGAUUGGGGGGGGGGCCUGUCCCCCCUUGCGCUCCUCUGCCUGGGUUUCCUCUUGCCCUGCUCGCAGGGCUGCAGCUCUGUACCUCUAGAAGCACAGCAGAGCCUUCUGCCUGCCCGUGCAUGCUCCCAAGGCAAUAUAUAUAUAGGAGAGAGAUAUAUAUAUGUAUAUGUAUAUGCAACAACGUCUGAAUAUGCAACACCCCCGGGAAGAGCAGCCCGCGGGAACAUAGGCAAUAAGCAUCUCCCCCGCCAGCACGCAGGGCUGCGUUUCUCCCUCGUGGCCCCGCCGCUUCCGCGGUGCGCAGCCGAGCCCAGCUGCUCCGGGGACGCAGCUGCCGAGCCGUGCCGGGGCCGGGCGCCAGCGCGGCGCAAGCCGGGGGGAUGCGGCUGCGGGCGAUGGGGAAAGCGGUGCUCGGGGAGCGCCCGCCCCCGGCGGCUCCCGCCGCGGGGCUCCCGGCCGCCCGCGCCUCCGUGCACGCCGGUCGCAGCGUGCAGAGCCGCUGCAGCUCCCUCCCUGCCCUGCUCCUCUCUGCUGCAGGGGGGGGUCCCCGGGGAGGGGGGGUCCCCAGGGCUGGUUUCCGUUCCCUGCACGGCUGGGGAGAGCAAUGAUCACAGUAGUGCCAAAGUUUGCCCGGGGCUGGGGCUGUCUCCUGCUCCCACGUGGCCGGGGCCCCCGGGGCUCGCGGGAUUUCCAGCCCCCUCCCCUUUCCAGUGUCCCCUGUGGCUGGUGGGGGAGCCAACUCGGGGGGGGGGGCCCAUCCUUCUUGUUUUUCUUGCCUCGUUUGUGCAUGCGGCCGGCGUGGGCCCUGCCAGAGCCACUCACCGCCUCCCACCUGCUCGUGCACGAAUCUCCGCAUAGGACCCCCCCGCCCCACCGCGCCCUGCUCCCCUGCCCCCGGGAGCCACGCCGGGGGCGCGCGGCGGGAUGGCAGCACCGUGGGCGCGCGGCGCAUCGGCCCGGCAGCCGUGCCGUGGGUGCACGGCGGGACGGCGGCACCGUGGGGCGAGGGUGCACGCGACAGCUUUGCCCGCACAGGCGCGCGCAGCAAGCAACUCGUAGGCCUCCUCCCCGGGGCUGGCUGGUCCCCGCAGCCCUCCCCCAGCCAGCGGUAGUUACCU